AAAUCCAUAGACAAGAAUAUAGAUUUUCUUCGGAUAUGGCCGCUGUUUCGGCAAUACAACACCUGCAAUGUUUUGUAUAUUCAUUUUUAUAAAAUGAAUGAAGUGUUUUUUACUUAUAUUUAGUGUUUAGUGGACUGUGUACAAUACUGUGAUAACUGUAAUGGAUGCAGAGAGCGAGUACGAAAUAAAGAGAGCCCGUGAUGCAAUUCAAACGAUAGACACCAUCCAGUCUAUGAUCGACGUUUCUGCUGAUAUUCUCGAGGGUUUGAGGACGCAAUGCUCGACGAGCGCGGAGCUUACGCAGCAGGAGAUCCGGACCCUGGAGGGGAAACUAGUGAAGCACUUCUCCCGGCAACUGUUCAUCAAAGCGCGGUUCGGUGAGGAGUUGCAGCGGGAGCUGCGAGACGUGCCAUGUCUCGCGCAGUGGCUGCGGGUCGUGGGACUGAGCCCCGAGGCAAUAGAGGCAAUAUGCACCCGUGUCGGUUCUCUGGAAGAGCUCAGAGAGCGAUCCGAUCACGAGUUACGCGCUCUGUUGGCCGGAGCUCGCGACGAGGAAGUGCGGCGGCUCUGCCGGGCCAUGCACCGGCUCACCACCUAUACAGAGGCCCUAGCGAAAGGCGAAGGCGGCGCCCAACUCCAGCUAUUCUGGGAUUCAUGGGAGAGACACGGGCACGCGCGAAACUCGCCGCGACCGCGCGCGCGUAACCACAAACCCGAAACGCACCCCCCACCUCAUCCACACCAAGCGACGCAUGGGAAGAAAGGUGGCAAAUCCCCUACAACCCCAGUGAGCAAGCGGAAACAGAACUGUAGUCUACCUGCGCCCGCCGCCUUGACCAAGUCCAGGUCGCACGAAUCCCAGUUGUCAGUGCGGCCAGACGCCUCCGAUCUUAGCGACAACAGCCAGUCGUCCGCAGUAGGCACGACGGAGGGCACGCCGCCUGCUUCGCCGCCGCCGGAACCCGACACAACGCCUCUACACCGCCCGGCGAUAUGCAAUAACAACGCAACCUUCGGCGCUCCCCGCUCUCCCAGAACGCCGACCGUCAGCCGCUGCAUGGCGCACGACAUCGCGCACCGCUUCACCAAGACAUUCAACAUGAUCGCCACCUGCGACUACUGCGACAAGCAGAUGCUCUUCGGCUCCGGGCUCAAGUGCAAGGAGUGCAAGUUCAAGUGCCACAGAGACUGCGAAAGUAAAGUUCCUCCUUCGUGCGGCCUUCCGCCAGAGUUUGUGGUCGCGUUCAAAGAAAAAUUUCACAAAGACGCAGCGCCGGUGACAGGCGGGUACUACGGCUGCGCGUCACCAGUGUCAACUCGCGCGGGCGCGGGAUUAUUCUCGUCGUUCACGAGCCGCCCGCGUCGUCGUCACGCGCCGCAGCCGCACCACCACCAUACGGGCAAUCCGGACUCCUCAUCGAACACAUCAUCCUGCAACAGCUCGACUCCAUCGUCGCCGGCACUGUGCGCGCCCGCGCCCGCCACGCCGCACCACCCGCCGCACGGCGCCAAGCAGCAGUUCCACUUCCCAGAAGUGAAGACGCCGGUAUCCAGUCCGAACCACGCGUCCGUACAGUCCCCGGCGCGAAUCUCCAACGAUCACAAAGACGACCUCACUUCAAGCGUCAAGAGCGACGGCUCCCGCGGCGUCUCUCUAAGCGGUUCAGGCUCGACGGACAGCGGCGGGCCGCAGCGCGCCGACUCGCUGGACCGAGGCAACAAGCACGCCGACUCGCGCUGGCCGAGGCAGAAUAGCCUGUCAAUGAAAGAGUGGGACAUCCCAUACGACGAGCUGAAACUGCUAGAAGUGAUCGGGCGCGGUCGCUUCGGCACCGUCUACCGCGGCAGCUGGCACGGCGCCGUCGCCGUCAAGCUGUUACACGUGCACUCGCUUCACUCGGACUGCGUGCCGCUGGAUACCUUCAAGCACGAGGUGGCAACAUUCCGAAAAACCCGGCACGAGAAUCUGGUUCUAUUCAUGGGCGCGUGUAUGAAGCCGCCGCGGCUGGCCAUCGUGACGUCACUGUGUAAAGGCAUGACGUUGUACACACACAUCCAUCUGAGGAAGGACAAAUUCACGGCUAACAAGAGUGUGCUAGUCGCGCAGCAAAUAUCACAGGGCAUGGGCUACCUCCACGCGCGCGGCAUCAUCCACAAGGACCUGAAGACCAAGAACAUCUUCCUGGAAAACGGGAAGGUGGUCAUCACCGACUUCGGACUCUUCAGCGUCACCAAACUUUGCUUCGGGAAUAACGCGCGCGGCGACAGCCUGGGCAUCCCGGCGGGAUGGCUGUGCUACUUAGCUCCGGAACUGGUGCGGGCGCUCCGCCCCCACGCGUCGCUCCACCUGCCCUUCUCUAAAGCCACUGACGUUUAUGCGUUCGGCACCGUAUGGUACGAGCUUCUGUGCGGCGAGUACCCGUUCAAGGGGCAGCCACCGGAAGCCAUCAUCUGGCAGGUGGGCAAGGGCGUCAAGCAGUCCCUCGCUAACAUGCAGGCCUCUAGGGAUAUUAAGGACAUCCUAAUGGUAUGCUGGGCGUACCGCGCGAGCGAGAGAGCCGAUUUCCCGCGGCUACUGACUACCCUCCAGAAGCUGCCCCGCAAGCGCCUAGCGCGCUCUCCCUCCCACCCGGUGCAUCUAUCUCGCUCUGCCGACUCCGUGCUCUGAGCCCGCGCUAAGGCGUGCCGGAAGCCUAAACAAACCAGUGCGAAUGUACCCGUGGAGUGUGCCUAAGCGGGAAUAUCUGUGCUUCGGAUUUGGAACGUAUUCGAAGUUCGAAUAGUGAAGUGUGCCAGUUAAAAUUCCAGUGUUGCCAGUGGGAAAAUCCAGUGGUUUAUCUAGACGCGAGGAUCGUAGGCGGUUCGUGUGGGAAAGCCGGUUGAAAAUAGGUAUGCAGUUUGUACAGGAAAUGAGGCGACUACCUGGCGAAUGAUUGAUAUCUGCUAUAUGAUCUGUCAAACAUAAUUGGUGAUAACCAGGAGUUUGAAAUUAUAAUAAUAAAAAGCAAUACCAGCUGCAUCGUCCACCAGUGUCAUCCAAUCCCUGACGACAUAAUACCUGAGCGUCGCGUAGUUGGCUAUCUGACAACACUGACAAGCAAAUACACACUGCAAAUGCACGCUGGACCGGAAAGCGCAAUAAAGUGGAGAAGUCGUAACAAGUGGCCCGGUUUUCGUAAAUUUCAUUGGUCUGUCUGAUCACCCAUAAAAUAACCCAUUUUUUAGACAUGUCCCUAAAAACCAUAGACAAAUGUUGCUUUAUAAAUAGAUUGAUUUUCCAUCAGCCUGUUAGAUGAGUAUUACUCGGUCCUAUUUUUUAAACUAUCAAAAAGUUUGCGACCAAAUUCAUUUACAAAAAAUGUCAUGAGAGACUCAGAACUGUCUCGUCUACCUAACUAGUGUCUAUGGUCAGACGUGCUUAGUUUUCGUCUAUGCGAUCGUCAUUUUAACGUUCAACGCCGAACGUCGCUCUUACUUCGAGUUGCAUUGAAAUGUGUUACUAUAAUAAAGUUAUAGUUACAUAAAUUUCAAUAUUUUUGCGCUAUAAACAACAUGGGAAGGCAAUGUUGCCAGUUAUUUUCAUUAGUUCCCAGUUUUUUUCGUAGUCUAUAAAAAAUUCAGAGCUGGCAAUCUUGACAUCCCAUUUUGUGCAAUAAUUAAUUUAAUAAAUCUUAUUGUUAUAUUUUAAUUAAUAUAGCAAACGGGUAAUCGCUACUUAGUAAAACAAUUAUAAAUACAAAAAAAAUGUAAUUAUGUUCAUAUUAUAAAAUUAUGUAGAAAUAUCGACUAUUGUAAGUAAAAUCUUGAUCUCCGAUUAAUCGAUAGAUUAAAUUAUAUUUUCGUAUUUUUAAAAUGUGAAAAGUUGACUGCUUUGUUGAUAAUGUAAAUUUUGUACAGUGUUACGGAUUUUGCUGUGAUUGGUAGCCUUGGGUGCACUGAGCUUUGGGAAGUGUAUAUAAUCAGGUGAACAUAACAUGCUCUUGUAGUCAAUAAAAACUAUUUUUACAUAAUAAACUCUUGCAAUUACUUUGUAUAGUGUACAGAGGUCAGUGCAUACCAAGUUGUGAGAAAAGAUGUCACAUUAGGAUAAGAGUUGACUUUUUAAUACCUACUACAGAUUAUACUUCACUCCGAAAGCAUCGAUUUUGAUCACAAACAAAAUUCAGCUUAAUAACAGCGUUGAAUUCAAAUAAUUUUACUUUGGAGUAAUUUGUAAAUAAUAUAAGAACAUUCCUCUCUGUAGGUUGUUGAAGUUUUAAAACUUGAUAGUUACUAUUUCGAACUAAGUACAUUUGUUUGUAUAAUAUUUUAAAGAGUUACCACUUUCUAUAAUAUUUCUAAAGAGGC